AUGACUUCGAAUUCUAUACAUAAGGCACAGAACCCCAAGUUGAACAGCGUUUACCCUCACGCCAUGUCUGCCCCGCGGGGAACCUCGUCUGAGGACGCCAUCGUCUCUCAGCUUGCAGCAGAGGACACAAUUCCAUGGUACAAGAAGCCUAAUCUGCGCUACCUCUACCUGCUGCUGUUCCCAACAUGUAUUGGCGUCGAGAUGACCAGCGGAUUUGAUUCGUCGAUGUUGAACGGCUUGCAAGCUGUGGACAGCUGGGAUACCUUCUUCCACUCUCCCCGGUCAACACUACUCGGUCUUAUGUCCUCUGCCUAUUCUCUUGGAGCGAUCAUCGCGCUUCCUGCCGUCUCCUACGUGAACGAUACCUUUGGUCGCCGGAAAGCCAUCAUCUUUGGCAGCAUGUUCAUGCUUCUCGGCGCUGCCCUACAAACCGCGGCACACAACUUUGCCAUGUUUGUCUGUUCGCGCAUCAUCCUUGGGCUCGGCAUCCCCUUCGCCGUCGUCGCUGCCGCCUCUCUCAUCGCCGAACUCUCCCACCCGAAAGAACGCGCGCGCAUGGGCUCCCUCUUCAACUCGUGCUUCUUCAUCGGCAGCAUUGUGGCAGCCGGAGUAACGCUCGGGACAUUUAGUAUGCCGUCUAAUUGGGGCUGGCGCAUCCCGAGUUUGCUCCAGCUGACGCCCUCGCUCAUCCAGCUUAUCUUCAUCCCCUUCCUCCCAGAGAGCCCGCGCUGGCUCAUCGAGCAGGGCCGUGGUGACGAAGCACGUGCGAUCCUGGAGAAAUACCACGGGGAGGGCAUCAACGGCGAGGAGUUCGUCAAGGCGGAAUACGCGCAGAUCGAGAAGACCCUCGAGAUGGAGCGCGAAAGCCGGAGCAUCACGUGGCUGCAGUUCAUCAAGGCGCGCGGCAUGCAGAAACGCGUGCUCGUCGCGUCCGGGCUGGGGCUGUUCACGCAGUGGAGUGGAAACGGGCUGACCUCUUACCUCCUCGCCCGCAUCUUGGACCAGAUCGGCAUCCACUCGAACCGCACGAAGAACAAGAUCAAUUUGGCGCUGACCUGCUGGGGCUUUGUCAACGCGACCUUCUUUGCGCUCACGGUGUCCAAGUUCCGGCGAAGGACCAUUUAUCUGACUUGCACGGUCUCCCUUUUCCUCGUCUUUACCAGCUGGACGAUAUCCAGUGCUCGGUAUGUGCAAACGGGCAGCGACGCUGCCUCGAAAGCCGUCUUGGCUUUCAUUACGCUCUACAGCCCCGCCUACAACAUUGGAUACAAUGCUUUGACCUACACCUUCCUGGUCGAACUAUUCCCAUAUCAUGCGCGUGCCAAAGGCAUCACGAUCUUCCAAUGGUGGGGCCGCGGCGCGUCCUUCUUCAACCAAUUCGUCAACCCCAUCGGCCUCGCGCGCUCCGGAUGGAGAUUCUACAUCAGUUACGUCGUCUGGCUCGCGUUCGAGAUCCUCUUCGUGUACUUCCUCUUCCCCGAAACGUCCAAUCGCACGCUUGAGGAACUGGCAUUCUUGUACGAGGGCGACGAGAUGCGCAAGGAGCAGGCGCGGCGGGUCGAGAUGGAGGUUGGCGCUGCCGCUGUCCAGAGCAUCGAGAAGGUGGAGGAGAAACAGAGCUCGGAGGGAGGAAAAUGA